AUGGCCGCCCUCAGCCCAGAGCAAAUCGCCAUCAUCAAGUCCACCGUGCCCAUCAUCCGCGAGCACGGCACCACCGUCACCACCACCUUCUACGCCAACAUGCUCGCCGCCCACCCGGAGCUCAAGAACUACUUCUCCCUGCGCAACCAGCAGACCGGCGCCCAGCAAGCCGCCCUCGCCAACUCUGUCCUCGCCGCCGCCACCCACAUCGACAACCUGGGCGUCAUCGCCGGCGCCGUCGAGAAGAUCGCCCACAAGCACGUCUCGCUCUUCAUCCAGCCCGAGCACUACCCCAUCGUCGGCAAGUACCUGAUCGGCGCCUUCAAGCAGAUCCUCGGCGACGCCUUCACCCCGGAGAUCGAGGAGGCCUGGACCAUUGCCUACGGCCUGCUGGCCGACAUCUUUAUCCAGCGCGAGAAGACGCUCUACUCUGAGGCCGGCUGGCAAGGCUGGCGCGACUUCACCAUUGCCCGCCGCGAGGACGAGGCCGAGGGCAUCACCAGCUUCUACCUCAAGCCCUCCGACGGCGGCCUGCUGCCCCAGUUCCUGCCCGGCCAGUACGUCAGCCUGCAGAUCCCCAUCCCGGAGCUCAACGGCCUGUUCCAGAGCCGCCAGUUCAGCCUGAGCCUGGCCCCCCACCAGAGCGCCGAGCAGUACCGCGUCACCGUCAAGAAGGAAAAGGACGUCGACUCGUACACCGUCGAGGAACUAGCUGCCGGCAAGAUCGCCGGCCUCGUCUCGCAGCGCCUGCAUGAGCAGUACAAGGUCGGCGACAAGGUCCAGCUCAGCCCUCCCCACGGCGAGUUCACCUUCAGCGCCGCCGACACGCCGGUGACCGCUCCCAUCGUGCUGCUCUCUGCCGGCGUUGGCGUCACUCCCUUGCUGUCCAUCCUCGACACCAUCCUCGACAACUCGUCUCAGGGUGCUCGCCCCGUGACGUGGAUCCACGGUGCUCGACACUCUGGAGCCGUGACAUACGGCAAGCACAUCCGCGAGGCUGAUGCCAAGCACAGCAACCUGUCCACCAAGAUCUUCAUCAAGAACGUCGGCGAGGCCGACGUCAAGGGCCAGCAGUACGACUACGCCGGCCGCAUUAGCCUGGACACCCUCGAGGCUGAGGGCGUGCUGCCUGUGAGCGAUGCCUCCGCCGAGUACUACAUCUGUGGUCCUGAGGAGUGGAUGAUCCAGACGCGAGCUGAGCUGCUCAAGAAGGGCGUCAGCCUUGAGAAGCAGCACCUGGAGCUGUUCCGCACCGGCACUGUCUAG